AUGCACUCCGAGGAAAGGCCCUCAGCGGGCGCUUCACAGGCUCAGCCUGAGAAGGGCGGGGUGGAGCUCUCGCGGGCCAGGCUGACUGGGCGCUCACCGCACUGCUGCCGCCAUCUUGGCUUGAGGCGCGGCGAGCGGCACUUCUGCGCAAGUUUCAUGGAGCGCACACGUCCAGAGCAGCGGUUUUACACCAAGAACGCUAAUCCAGUGUUGGAUGCCCGGCCUCCAUACAUGGCACCCUACGGGCAAGUGAAACUAGACUAA